AUGCAGCACGAAUGCCGUUAUCGCAAUCCUUCAGGAAGAACCGUUUACACAGCUCAAAUCUCACUUUCUGCUUCUAAGCUCCAGCUCCAGCUCGUCGAUCAACAUUUCUCUAGCUUCAGCUCGGCGUUUUCUACUUUUUCCGAAAUCCUAACUGCAGCCCUUUGCCACUUCCUCUCUGGGACUAUUACCAUGGAAACUUACUACAGGAAACGAUCCAAAAUGGCCAAUCAAACCCUCCCUAAAUUGGACUAUCAUGGCAGCGUGACAGGCUCGUUGGCUCCAGUUAUGCCCAGACACUCUCCCAUGCCCACUACGCCCAACAACUGUACCCUGCAGUGCAGUGCAGAACAUGAAAAUCCGGCACCUAAUUUUAACAUUGAAGUGGGUUCUAUUUACGAGGUUGAUCACAUUUAUCUUCCGCCAAGAACUCCAGUUCAACUCAAGUCCAUGAGAGUUGUUAUGGUUAGUGAGAAGACAGCCUUGAGCGUAGCAGUAAGGUUUCCAAGUUUGGAAUCUCUUCAAAUAUACUUAUGCAAUAGCAUGAGAGAAAUGUAUCCAGCUUUGGACGAGAAGUUUGUGAUGGGAACAGCUUUGGCAGAUAAAGUGCUUUACAGGCAAGUUCCUUCUCAGGAGUUCGCGGAGAAGAAACAUCUUGAGAGCUUCUGGUUGGUGAGUUCUGCCUCAGUGAAUCAUCUUUCUCAGGAUUCUUCUGCUAGUAAGGGUGUGUGCUUGUCUGAUCAACUCAAAGUUAAUGGGAUGGUUCGUUGGGGAGUUCGCCGGCAAGUUAGAUUUUUGAGGAGGCAUGAAGACAAUAACUGCAAUACUACAUCUUCCAGUUUCAUCAAAGGUGAUGAUGAUGACGAUGAAGAGGAAAUGCCACCGGUAAUAGAUGCUGAAAAAGAAGAAGACAAUGAAGAGGAGGAGGAAGAAGAAGAAGAACAAAAUGAUGCUGAAGAUGAUGAAGAACAGGAGGAAGAUAUCAAGGAUGAGGAUCCUGAUGAGACCAACAAGAACUUCAAAAGAAAGAGGUAUAGUUUGAGACAUACUGCGAUAAGAAAGGCAAAGAAAGUAAAGCGUGAGAAGCAAAAGUUGAAGAAUAACAUAAAGAGAAACAAAUGCAAGCUGCUAGUACAAUUCAAAAACCCCAAAGAUAGAUGGUCAGAAGAAAGGUAUAAAUUGGCAGAGAAGAACCUUUUGGAGGUGAUGAGGGUGAAAGGAGCAACAGCUAAUAAUCCUAUUCUUCGGCCUGAACUUCGAACAGAAGCAAGGAAGCGAAUUGGGGACACAGGCUUGCUAGAUCACCUUCUCAAGCACAUGGCAGGUAAGGUUGCACCAGGAGGGACUGAGCGCUUUCGCAGAAGGCACAAUGCCGAGGGAGCCAUGGAGUAUUGGUUGGAGAAUGCUGAUUUGAUUAAUAUUAGAAAGGAGGCUGGUGUGAAUGAUCCUUAUUGGAUUCCACCACCUGGUUGGAAGCCUGGUGAUUGCCUCACUCCUGACCCCAUCUCUGCUCAGGAGUUUAAAUUCUUGAAACAAGAGAUUUCCAUGCUGAAAAGAGACUCGGAGGAGAUGGCACUAUCCAAAAAACAAAUGGAAGAAGAAGUCAGAAGGUUGAAAAGAGAAAUCCGGGAGUUACAAUUGAAGAAAAACCAACAGGAAACCCCAGUUACUGUCAUUUCCAAAGAUUCUGAGAUUUCACUAGAGAAGUACAAGGAGCAACUCCUGUUGAUGACCUCAGCUAUUAUGGCAAAAAUGGAGGAAAAAUUUGGGAAUUUUGCUUCCAAAUUGGAAGAAAAAGAAAGGUUUUUCUCUGCAUUAGUGGAGGCGACAGUUGGCUACGCCGAAAAAGGGAGAAGGCAAGUAGAAGCUGAGCAGAAAAGCAACAAACAGGUGCAAGAAAUUGUUUUAUCAGGGGAAGAGGAGGGGUCGCAAGUAACUGAUGGCCAGUGCAAUAAGCAAACAACUACAGAUAAACCAUCAGCAGAAAAGGCUACAAUAGCAGCAAGUGAAGAAAAAGCAGCCAAGAUACAAAGGCUUAAGAGUGGCUUCAGGAUAUGCAAGCCCCAAGGGACAUUCCUUUGGCCCAACAUGGUGCGCAGCCCCUCCCAGGUCCAGGUUGAGGAUCUGUUCAUGAUUCCAACACCACCCUCAGUUUCUUCCUCUACUGUCACAGCUCCUCCAAAGCUCCCCAACAAUUAUUUUCCAUCCCACCAGCACAGUGGCCCUGUUUCCCCUGUCAAACCUGUCCCAGAAAGACGUGCCGUUAAGCUUACUGUAUCCUCAGUCUCAGAUGGCUCCAUGUAUACUCCAACCAAUCAAAUCAACCUAAAUGACCCCUUCAAUAAUGGAGGACGACUUUGUGGAACCCCAUCAUCAAGACAAUCUAUCACCUUGACUCCUAUGAUGCCAAAUCUAUUUCCCUCUACCAAGGAAUUGACAAAGGGAGAACUAAUUGAUCAAGGGGGGCAUGCAGUAGAGGCUGAAAGCACUAGCAUUGGUAGCACAAAGAAGGCGGAGAGCUACAUCACAAGAGAACCAAGCAAGUCUGCCUCCAUGCCUAAGCAAGAAGGAACUUGGCUUGCUCUUGCUACUCCAAACACUUCCACCUCAGAUGAGUCCUGCCAGGGAUGA